AUGAAUGUGGAUGGUCGACGAACGCCUUGGACGAGGGAUGGAGCGCCAGCCGUUUUGGCUUCAAUAUUCUCAUUGGUUUUCCUUUUAUUACCUUUAAUACCAAUCAUUACUGCUUGUAAUGAAGAAAAACAUUACUCGAAUCGACCGAGAUACAAAAGAAGAUUCAUGUCCGGUAGUGCGAUGACGGGCGGGAGCCGAUCACGGACAUACACAAAAAAGGAAUACGAUGACUGUUUACAACGACAAAUGUAUCGAUGGGCUUUUUAUGGGGCAUAUGUUGCAUUGUGGAUGAUCGCUUGUACGAUGACAUUCAUCGCCUAUCAAACGAUGCGUGCUAGUCAACAAUCGAGAACAUUGAAAAUCGUCGUUGGCAGCGUUCUUCCAAUAGCUGUUGUUCUUGGGACCGGUCUUGCAAUUGGACUCACAUUGGAAUCUUUCAAU